GCGGUAUAAAGGUGGUGCACUGAGAGGGACAAGUCACAUUUGUCAAGCAUAACUCAAGCAACAUGGCCGAUUUCAACGCUAUUUUGGAGAAGACCAAGGCCUUCAGCCAGAAGCCCCCGACGGAGGUGUACCUGGAGUUCUACGGUCUGUACAAGCAGAUCCAUGAGGGCGAUAUCGCCAUUGAGAAGCCCGCCGAUGCCGAGGGUGCUGCCAAGUACGAUGCCUGGCUGAGCCGCAAGGGAGUGUCCGUCGAUGACGCCAAGGCCGCCUACAUCGCCCUGUACGAGAAGUACAACCCCAUCUACGGAUAAGCUAUUGAUUACGACCCUGUUCCACACGGCAAAUAAAUCUUGACCACCUGUGAA